GAACUGCCGUGAUGGUGCAAGAGGCUGGAUCUCCCAAAUGUCAGGGCUGGGUACACGGAUAGAGCUGGGCAGGAACCUUAGGGCUGAGGAUGCAGACCAGCCCUGCCUUCAUAUAUGGUCCUGGAGCAGAGAGAGGGUCCCGGGGCAGCAAGAGGCAGGGGAGAGGGAAGUUGAGAAAGUGGUGAUGUGGGACCCAGUCAGAGGAAAAGCCCUGGGGCAGUGGCUGGUACAUUAGAUUAAUAGAUUGCAAGGCCAGAAGGGACCACUGUGAUCGUCUAGUCUGACCCCUGUAUAGCACAGGCCACAGAACUGCCCUACAAUAAUUCCUAGAGCAGAUAUUUGAGAAAAACGUCCAAUCUUGAUUUAAAAAUCAUCAGUGAUGGAGAAUACCGCACAACCCUUGAUAAAUUAUUCCAAUGGUUACUUACUCCCACUGUUAAAAAUUUACCCCUUAUUUCCAGUCUGAAUUUCUCUAGCUUCAACUUCCAACCAUCAGAUCAUGUUAUGCCUUUGUCUGCUCGAUUGAAAAGCCCAUUAGUAAAUACUUUUCCCCUGUGGAGGUAGUUUAUAGACUGUGAUCAAGUCAAUCCUUAACCUUCUCCUGGUUAAGCUAAAUAGAUUGAGAUCCUUGAGUGCUGGUGCCGGGUCGAAGACAGCAAUAGGAAAUGGAUGGCAGUUUCCCUAUCAUAGAGGUGAGACCCUCUCCUGUUGGUGGGUUCUCUCACCUGCAGGCCCCCAUGCCUGUGCAGCAGAGGAAGGUGAAGGGCACUCCAUCUGACAUAAAUGUCAUCUACGAGUCCAAGGAUGAAGGGACAGCCAACGCGCAAGCCGGACCAGCUGCUGUCAUUGCAGCAUCUCCCAGUGCAUCUCCAUGGUGGCUCUCUACCACCAUCCUUGGGCCAAUCUGCCUGAUCUUGCUGAUUCUGGUGAUCAUGAUGACUCAACAGGUUUACCAGCUGUCCCAGAAAUCAGAGCAACAGCUGGAGGUCACUGAAAUGGAAAACAUAGUCCUCUUGGACACUCUGCAGCAGCUGACAACUGGCAAGGAGGACAACUGCAGCAUGUGUGAGGUGGACUGGGACCAGCAGGCAGCCAGCUGUUACUCCUUUUCUAAGAAUGCGAAAUCCUGGCAUAACAGCUUAGAUGCUUGUACUGCAAUGUCGGCCAGUCUGGUGAAGAUAGACACGAAGAAGGAGCUGGCGUUCUUGAAAAAUGAGAUCUCCAAACGCGUGUGCGUGUACCGGGGACAGCAGUUCAGCUUCAAUUUCUGGACAGGGCUGAACUACGACAAUGACAUCGGGAACUGGACGUGGGCUGACGGCUCCCCUUUCUCCUUCCAGCUGUACGUCUCGCCUCGCUGCCUGUGCCCAUUCAAGGGCACUGAUCCAGUUCAAUACUGGCUCCUCCUCCAUAAAUGGGGAUAACCGUUAAAACCGGUCAUCAGAACCUUUUUUCCCGCAACAAAUGGCUUUUCAUAAAAAAUUUUCAUUUUUUUCAAAAUUUUCCAAUUUUCAAACUGAAAAGCUUGUGGUAAAAAUUUCCACUUUUCAGUCAAAAGGUUUUGGUUUUGAUUUUCAGAAACCAAACAUUUUUACCAAAAUGAGAAUAUUUAGGGGGAAAUUUUUAAAAAAAAAAAAAAAAAGGCCAGGUGGAAUAUAUGUAGUUUCUGAGCAGCUCUAACCACAAUGAUCCCCCUUUGCAAAGUGCUCUGGGACCUUUGGCUGUAAAGUGACAAGUAUCGUUUAUUACAGCAUACCAGAUUUAGAGUAAAUCUCAGGAAAAACUUCCUAACUGUAAGUCCAGUAGGACUGUGGAGCAGACGCCUAGGAAAGUCGUGGAAUCUCUUUCACUGGAGGUUUUCAAAAAGAGGCCCUCUGUCUUGGGUGGUUUAGACACAAUAAAUCCUGCAUCUUGGCAGGGGAUUAGACUAGAUGACCCUUGAGGUCCCUUCUGUGAUUAUUGGUGUCCCCAGGCUGUGCCUAUUCAGGUGACUUUGCGCAAACCUCAUACCGGAUAGCUGUUCACAAGCCACCACCCAUGCAGCUCAGUCUCCUACGCUAUGGCUAUGGUGGCUAGGAGGCUCUCAUUGGCUCAUGACUAUGCUGGCAGAGGCUCCAAGGAAUGAAUGAGCCACAUAGACUGAGCUCCCCUAGGAAUGGGGCACAUCCGCAAUGAGGGGAGUGGGAGAAAAACAUGCACCAGCAGGGAGGUGGGAGAAAACUUGCACUUCUGCUGGCCUUCAAACAAGCCCCCAGGCCUCUCCAAGCCCAUCAUAAGAAGCAAGCACGCCACAGACCAGGACACACCUCAUGAUUUAAAUCACUAGUCAGGAAGACUCGUUUUAAUCAUGGUUUUCUACAUAAAAGUGCAUUCUUGUUGGUAGUUAUAACCUUAAUACAUAUUCUUCACAACACAGAGACAGAUGUAGGUUUCAUUUUUAGAAGGUACACACUAUACAUUUUUAAACAGUGAUUUAUUUUGAAAACUUUUCAGAUAAGUUUUACAGCUAUAUCAGAAAAUGAAUGAUUGUUUGGAUAUUUCACUUACCAAAGGUAAUUGAAACAGAUAUUUAUGAAGUCAUUGGGAGGUGCACUAUCUCCAAUUCAACAGGUUAAUCAUUAAUAUUUGGAGGAUUUUCUUGCCAUGCUGUAUUAGGAGGAGAACAUCACCAGACAGACAUUUAAAUUGUUUUAUUUAACUAAAACAACAAUGUUAAGUAUUCUGGAUAUUUUUCUUCAACAGCAAACAUAUAAUAUUUUAACAAAAAAGCAUAUGUCCCUCACUUCUCACUUUUAUCUCCAGACUUCUUAUCCUUGUCCAGAUCUAUUCCGCCCCAACAAUCUUCUAUUCAUUGAACUUUUUGAAACUUUGCACUUUUAGAGAGAGGUAAGGGAUUGACCUGUGUUCACAAAUUUGCAGAGAGACAAUAGGGUUGAGGUCUGUUAUUUCUCACCUCUAUAUAUUAUUUGUUUAUUUUAAAACAUUUUUGUGGUUAACAAACAUGUUACCUCUGGAGACACAAAUCCACAGUUUGAGUACUGCAAAACUAAGCAUCUGUUAUGGUGUCUUCUAGGCUGAGCACUGAGUCCCACUGGGUAGAUAGAAAGAUUAACCUAAAUAAUCUAUACCGAAGCCCCUGCAACCCCAUCAGAUUGGGUCCCUAGUCCAUGAACUAUUGGAACUCAUUUACAAAACUUUUCUUAAACAUUACAUUAAUAUAUUGUCUCAUUCUAUAGAAUUAGAAUUUAUAAUCCCUGUUCCAUGAUAAGAUAUCUUUAAGCUAUAAUGUAUCUUAAUUAAAACUAUCUUUAGAUGGGUUUUUUUCCUCAAAAAGCAUUAUAUCAAAUCCGAUGUAAGUAAAAAAAAUCCAAUUUAAAUUAAAAAUCCGAAUUUUUUUAUUUUUA